AUGGCUCCGAGAACACACAAAAGAAAUCCUUAUCCAGUGCCAGAUAUCUCGAGCGAAGGUUUUUGGGUCGCUCGUGGGCCAGCUUUGGGGAAAAAUGUUUCUGCGAAUGACAAAACCUGGUCGACUAAAGUUGAUGUUGCUGAACGGCUCUUUUCUCAUCAUACUCUCAAUAGUAUUCGACGGGAUCAAAGAAUUAUUCGACCAAAUGAACCAUGUGAUGCAUUAGAUUACGCGUUGUCAUCAAUAUACAUUCACGAUGAAGACUUCAUGGUACCAAAAAUGUACGUGUUCAUGCAGCCCGAAACAUUGAAUCUUCAAUCGUGGCGUCAGUUGCGUAAUGAACUCACUCCAUCCUCGAUGGAACCAACAAAAGCGAGACCAAUAAAGUCAAAAGAAGCGCCGAAGUCAAUGAGGAUGAAUGUUGCGACGGCUACAGCGAUGCCAGUGUCAAAAAUAACAGUAAAUACCCAAGCCAAUAGACGAAUACAGAGCAAAAUAAAUUCACGGGCCGUCUCGCCAAGCGAUAAGUACCAUUCCGCCCCGAGUGGGAAGAAAUCCCGAGCAGCAUUUUCCAAUAAAAAAUCCAUGGCUGUUGAAUCUAAGGAAUAUUCACAGUCGUCAGAUGAUAUUCUCGAUAAAAACCAGAGACGUGUCACUUAUGCCGCGCAAAUGCGAGCAAUCGAGAGGAUUCAUCCGAGCAGUCUCAAGCUGGCGAUCGAGGGUCCUCACACGGAUUUAACAAAUCCUGGCUACAGUCGUAAAGCCGAUGGAACAUUUUACAGCAUAUAA